AUGAUGACUUAUGAUGAGAUUUUGGGAAUCAUAUAUGUGCAAGUCACUGGAGUUGGAUUUCUUUGGAACUGUGUCAUCCUAUUCCUAAACAUCUAUAAUUUCCUCAUUGCUCAUAGGAUGAGACCUAAAAACCUAAUUAUCAGCCACUUGGCCUUUUCUAAUGCUAUAUUUCUUCUCUUUGGGGGAAUACCCAGUGCAACAAGGAUGUGGAGAAUGAAAUGUUUAUUGGAAGAGCUAGGAAUUAGAAUCAUAACAUAUAUACAGACAAUGGGCCGAGGUCUCUCCCUAGGUAGCACCUGCUUCUUGAGUAUUUUCCAGGCCAUUAGCAUUAGUCCCAACAACUCCAGAUGGGCACAGCUCAAAACCAGAGCACCAAAAUGCAUCAUUCAGUGCAUUCUUCUUUGUUGGGUAUUCAAUCUACUUUUAGACAUGAUUGUAUUUUUCUGCCCAAUUACCCCACAAAAUAGUACAGACAGUAAAUAUGGAUGCAACACUGGUUAUAGAAUCUUAGAUAUGAAUUAUGAGGAUAACUUCAAAAUUAGAAUACUUAUAUGCGUCCAUGAUUCUUUCUUUCUGUGUCUCAUGAGUUGUUCUAGUAUCUACAUGGUUGUUACACUAUACAGACACAGAAAGAAUGUCAAUCAUAUUCAUAAUAAUAAUCAAUCCAUAAAAAUAUCUCCUGAAACAAAAGCCACUCAAGCAAUUGUGGUUCUAGUGAGCACCUUUGUUUUUUUUAAUAUUUUCAGUCCACUUUUUAUGCUGUAUAUGUCCUAUUUUAAAUACUCAAACCCUUGGAUGAUACAUAUCUCAAUCUUUCUCUCUCUGGGAUAUCCAACAGUCAGUCCUUUUCUUCUGAUCAGCACUGACAAACAGAUUACUAGGGCUUGUACAAGCUCACUGAAAGACUGA